AUGGGGAACGCAAACAGCAACAUGCUUGAGACCAUUGUCCAGGGUUCAAAUUUCGACCAUGAAGAAGUGGACAGACUGAGGAAGCGUUUCAUGAAGCUAGACAAGGACAAUUCAGGCACUAUUGAGCGCGAAGAGUUCCUCGCCCUUCCACAAGUAUCGUCGAAUCCUCUAGCUACCCGCAUGAUUGCCAUCUUUGACGAGGACGGUGGUGGCGAUGUUGACUUCCAGGAGUUCGUAUCAGGCCUGAGCGCCUUUAGCUCGAAAGGCAACAAGGAUGAGAAGCUCAAGUUUGCGUUCAAAGUCUACGACAUUGAUAGAGAUGGGUACAUAAGCAACGGCGAGCUGUUUAUUGUGCUAAAGAUGAUGGUUGGAAGCAAUUUGAAAGACCAACAGCUGCAACAGAUUGUGGACAAGACCAUCAUGGAGGCAGAUCUUGACCAGGAUGGAAAGAUCAGUUUUGAAGAGUUCACAAAAAUGGUCGAGAGUACCGAUAUUUCUAUGAGCAUGACGUUAGAUCAAUUUUGA